AUGAUUCACAUUCUUUUUAUCAUUUGCUCAUCUUUGCUGGUGGCCCUGGUAUUCGCUGCCGAGAUUACAGCUAUAUCUUUCUCGGGACUCUCCUACUCUCCCUUAACGGCCUACCAUUAUCCUCAUCAAGGCUGGAAGGCUUCGUUCGACUUCAGCAUCAAAGAUUCUGUAUCCAAAGGGGACUACUUUGACCUAUCCAUGGCUCAUGUAUAUCGGGUAAAAUUCGACAACGAUAAUUCUAGCAUGAUUGCACAGUUGCAAGACGGAACUCAAGCAUUCCAGUGUUAUGUAACCCAACAGGCCGCCUAUAAAUUUGAAGAGACAAAGUUGAGGUGCGCAGCUCUAAAGGAGUUGAGCUCCUCUCUAUCAGGUUCCAUUUCUUUCUCUUUAAGCUUUAGCAGUGGAGGAUCAGCCUAUUCGUACGAGUUAGAGAAUGCUGGUGUCUUCCAUGCGGGUACUAACGAUGUGCCACUUGGUGAUAAGAUGUCCGCUCCAAUAACCUUUGACGCAUCUCAGUUCGAUGGAGACAUAUAUACGAUUGGGCGGACUACGACUUACAACAACUUUGAAACUUACUACUCGGCCAUGAAGUGUCAGAACGGGUAUUUGCUGGGAGGAGUUCAAACUAUCAACUAUGAUAAAUUGGGCCACCAUCUUAAUUUGGACUGUUCAUCGGCUCAGGUAUACCUGUCGGACAAAUUCAAUGAUUGGUCAUUACCGUUAGAGUACGAACAAGCCGGUCCGUCUGUUUCAUGCUCUCAAAGUAUUCUGGAAGUUAGCCUGAAUCACACAAAUGAAAAUCAGAGGUUAUGGAUCAAUGCCUUGCAAUCGGUACCAAACGGAAUAAAUACAAUUCAACACGAUGUUCAGUUAAAGUAUUCAUGCUCUGACACACUGAAAAACACGGUCUACUCCACCGACUUUCAUACCAUAGUUGAGUACACGAUUUAUCAAGGUUCCGCAUUUGCGACUAUUUCCGAAGGCAAUUCUCAGACGGUGACUUCAACUGCCACAUGCCAUAAAUGCACUACGACUUCAAGCAGCUCCAGUGGAAAUUCCUGUUUGCAAUGUUCGAGCAGCUCCUCUGUUUCAUCUAGUAGCUCAAUUCCAUCAACCUCAUCUUCAAACUCAUCGACGAUGAGCACCGUCUCGUGUUCUGGCUGUCAGCAUUCUUCUAGCACGAUCACAAGAUCAACAACGCCAUCGAGUUCUACGCCAUCGAGCUCUACGCUGUCAAGUUCUACGCCAUCGAGCUCUACGCUGUCAAGUUCCACACCAUCGAGCUCGAUGCCUUCCAGUUCGAUGCCUUCCAGUUCGAUGCCUUCCAGUUCGAUGCCUUCCAGUUCGAUGCCUUCUAGUUCGGCAUCUUCUAUUUCGAUGCCUUCCAGUUCGAUGCCUUCCAGUUCGAUGCCUUCUAGUUCGGCAUCUUCUAUUUCGACGUCUUCCGGCUCGACGUCUUCCACUUCUACCCCCUCAUCUUCUACCCCCUCAUCUUCUACACCAUCGAGACCAACGAGUUCCAGCUUUCAACCAUCUGGUUCAUCACCUUCAAAUUCAACUUCAUCGACUUCGACAUCAAUCUCAGAUUCGAUAUCAUCUACGUUCACUACCUCAAGUGAUUUAACAUCGAGUUCUUUAGCUUCUCAAUCAUCGAGUUUUCUACCAUCCAGCUCUUCAGCACCAUCUCCCACAAUUUCGACUGUCUCAUCAUCUUGUACAUUUGGCGAGACGACCAAUGAGUCCCUCAGUCAAGCUAUUCCCUCUUCUUCUUCCCGGCCUCCAAUCGAUAAAACAUCACAGGACUCUACAACGGCUAGCACAGGAACCUCGCAUUCCUGCACAGAAUGCCACGGCUCUGGUACUUUGUCCACUUUAAGCUCGACUAGUCGUGUAACAUUUUCAUGCAGUACUUGUCCUGAUUCUACAGGCUCAGAUGCGUUUACGACACAACCAACCGAAUGCAUGAGCUGUCUUGAGGACGCAACUCCAAUUCCAUCGACAGAUUCGAAUACGACAGUUUAUUCAGUCAAUAGUACUAUGGUACAACCUACAGUCUGGUCAUCAGCUACUAUAAGCCUCAUUACCGAGCCAAGUCAAGAGAUCAUCAAAACCUCUUCAAAUUCAAUUAAUACCCUCAUUCCAUUCAACACUCUCACUAGCACUACUAGCAUGAGUGGUUACACCAGUUCGACACCAAGACCAUUGUCAUUGCAGCCAACUCCUCUCGUAUCAGAUAGCUCGACCUCAAUCUAUGAAGGCAGGGCUGCUGCUCUGCCUAUACGGGACCCAUUCACUCUAUUCUGUGCGCUUUUCUUCCUAAUGCUUUAG